UGCAGUCAGUCGGUCGCUGCGCGCGCUGCUCGUUGGUCCCCGCCGUCCGACGAGGUAGUGAUCAUAAUUUAUAUUAGAUUUUAUAUUAUAAUAUUUUAUAAAAUCCUCCUAUUCGUGCAAUAAUACGUUUUUAUUAUUAUUAUUAAAUUGCAUACGUGUACGUCGUUACGUUUUCCUCGACGUUCUAUCGAAUGUUUGCCAUAUUGUUUUCAGAUAUAUUACCUAUGUAGCGGUGAUAAAAUAUAUAGGUACAAUCGUAUACGUGCUAUCAGGACUGCUGCAGUAUUAACCGCGACGAUAACGUCUCGGAUUGAGUUUGUUCGGUGUAAACGGUCCCCGGGGGAAAAAAAUCAUGCAGCAGUGUCGGAUCAGGCGGAUAGAGAGUUCUUUUUGUACAAGUCUAACAAUCAAAACGGCGUUCAACAAAGUUCCUUUUAUCAAUCAUGGAUUUUAAGAUGCAAAAUAAACACACCGUCCACUGGUUUCGUAAAGGGUUGAGAAUUCACGACAACCCUAGUUUACGAGAGGGGCUGAUCAAUGCUAACACGUUCCGAUGUAUUUUCAUACUCGAUCCGUGGUUCGCCGGUGCAUCAAAUGUGGGCAUUAAUAAAUGGAGAUUUCUCUUGCAGUGUCUGUCAGAUUUGGAUAACAGCCUGAAAAAACUAAACUCUAGACUUUUUGUUAUCAAGGGACAGCCAGCCGAGGCAUUGCCUAAACUGUUCAGACAAUGGGGUACGACAAACUUCACGUUUGAAGAAGAUCCUGAACCGUUUGGUCGCGUGAGAGAUCAAAAUAUAAAAGUCAUGUGUAGUGAAAUGGGAAUAUCUGUCAUAACUCGUUGUUCACAUACCCUGUACCAAUUAGACAAAAUAAUAAACGUGAAUGGUGGAAAAGCUCCAUUGACGUAUCACUUAUUUCAAAAAUUAUUAGAGUGUAUUGAUCCACCAGAAAGAGCUGUACCUAGCAUAGACAAAGAAUUUCUUGGUAAUGCUUUUACACCAACUAAAUAUGACCACGAUGAAAUAUUUGGUGUCCCAACACUCGAAGAACUCGGAUUUAAAGAGAUAAACAACAUAGCACGACACGUAUGGAUGGGGGGCGAAACGGAAGCAUUGAUAAGGUUGCAAUGUCAUUUGGAACGGAAAGCAUUCAUCGCAUCUUUUGGAAAACCAAAAAUGACCCCACAAUCUUUAGUAGCUAGUCCCACUGGUCUCGCGCCGUAUUUGAAAUUUGGAUGCUUAUCCACUAGAUUGUUUUUUUCAGAGUUGAAUGAACUUUAUAAGAAGAUACGGAAAUCCCAACCGCCACUUUCGCUGCACGGACAACUGCUGUGGCGAGAUUUCUUCUACUGCGCGUCCACCAACAAUCCGAACUUCGAUCGGAUGGUUGGAAAUCCGAUUUGCGUGCAAAUACCUUGGGACAAGAAUCCCCGAGCUCUGUCCAAGUGGGCCAACGGACAAACCGGUUACCCAUGGAUCGAUGCGAUUAUGAUACAGCUGAGGCAAGAAGGAUGGAUCCACUGCAUAGCGAGGCACGCAGUCGCGUGCUUUCUCACUCGGGGUGACCUGUGGCUAUCUUGGGAAGAAGGAAUGAAGGUAUUUGAUGAGUUAUUGUUGGACGCCGAUUGGUCAGUAAACGCUGGAUAUUGGAUGUGGUAUUCAUGUUCGUCGUUUUACCAAGAGUUCAUUCACUGCUAUUGCCCUGUUAGGUUCGGUCGAAAAGUAGAUCCAAAUGGUGAUUAUAUAAGAAGAUACAUUCCAGUGUUGAAUAAUAUGCCUAAUCAAUAUAUCCACGAGCCGUGGUUGGCACCUGAAUCCAUUCAGUUUACUGCCAAUUGUAUCAUUGGCAUUGAUUACCCAUUGCCAAUCGUCAAUCAUAUCAAUGCUUCUAAAAUCAAUCUCGAGCGAAUGAAACUGGCAUAUCAGCAGCUGUCUAACUGUCAGCCACAAUUAGAAAAUGGUAAAUUAAUUUUAAUUUCCUCACUGAGAAGAUAAAUGAAAACAUUGCAUCGUAAAGAAUUAAUAAGCGUAGUUAUGAUAGUUUAUUAAUAAUAUACAAUUAAUUAAUUAAUGAUAUCCUAAAAAUAACAUUAGGUGUACCUAUUAAUUGAACAAUACUUGUAUAAAAAUUAUUAUUUAAGAAUUGUAUUGUAAUAGUAAUACAAUACUACACUAUUCUUAAAUGUUACUGACUUAUUCUAUGAAGUUCUCGAAGUAGAAAAUAUAUUUAUUUUUGUAAAAAUGAAGUUACUAAACUAAUAAUAUAUGAUUAAGUUAUAGGUAUAUAAGUAUUAUAUAUAUUAUAACAACUUUAACUACCUAGGUACCUAAUAUAAGUGUUAUUAUAUCAUGUUAUAUAGUACUAAUUUGCUUAUUAUAUUAGUAUUUUAUCAUGAUAGGUAUACUUUAAAUUUUAAUAUUAAUUAUCAUGAAGUACUAUUAUAAAUUAUUGAAUAGUUUUUUCAAUGAAGCCAACCAAGCCCUCUUAUGUAUCCCUCCAUCUAUUGAGCUUAUUGUAAAAAUAUUUUAUACGGAUAACAGAUUGUACAAAUUAAACAAAUAUGACAAAUAAAAAAUAAAAUACCUAUUAAUUAUCGACUGACUCCUUAUUACUAUCUACUAUAGAAUAUAGAUAUAUAUUUGUAUAAUAUAUUGUAAAUUUUAUUUUGACAUUGGCUUAUCCACAUUCUAUACAGUAUACUUAUAUAAUUCACAAGAAUCCUAUGCCGAACCAAACAUCGGAUAUAAUAGAUUUAAUAAAAAAUUGUUUAUAUAUAGGUAAUUAUAUAAUAAAAAAAAUAUAAUUAUUUAAGGAAGUAACACUUAAUCAAAACAUUUUGAAAUAGUAUUUAAAGAAAAUACAAAUAAGCUGAAAUAAAUUAAGAUAUUUUUUCAGAAAACCUAAUAAUAUUGAAUUAUAAUA